GUCUUUCUCUGUUCCUCUCCCUAUCUUUCUCUCCCUCUCUCUUGUUCUCCCUUUCCCUCUUCGUUUCCCUCUCUUCCUCUUUCCCUUUCUCCCCUUUUUCUCUCCUCUGUGUUCUCUGUCCCUACCCCUGUAUCUCCCUCCUCUUCUCUGGGUCCCUCUCCCUGUCUUCCCUUCCCCCUUCUCUAUGUCGCACACUCUCUUCUCUGUCUCCUCCUGCCUUUUUUUCUGUACCUGUUCUCUCUGCUCUCUCUCGGUGCAUCUCUCCCUAGGUGUCUCUAGUUCUCCCCCCCACCCCCGCCCUCCAUCCACCCGUCCCGGCCCCGUUUGCUGCAGUCUCCUGGCGCACGGAUAACCUUGCUGCCGACACCGCUCCAGCUCCUCCCUCCCAUCCCCAGCCCAGCUGAGGAGGAGAGAGGAGGAGAAGGAGGUGCUCUAACCCACGGGUGUUGGGGGUGAGGGACAGGCGGGAACUGGGGCAGGGCUAAAGAUUGGGGAGUCCAGGGGUGUGGGCUACACGCAGGAGCGAAGGGGAAGUCCUGGAAAGGUGAGCACAGGGAGAGGGGAGGAAGACUUCUCCUUAGAGGUGGGAGGGGGUUCUCUGAUACCCCGGCCAGGGUGGGGCCGUGGAUGUCUGAGAGGUCCUCGCUUCUGGAAAGGUAGGCCAGGGAGCGAGUGCUCCAAAAGGCAGAGGCUGGGAGGCUAGACUGAAUGUCACAGGUCCGUCCCCAGGUGUGCGCUGGGGUGGCCCUCAGACCUGGCCAGCUCUUGGCGGUGGCCUGGGGAGUCCUGCUGCUCAACGCACCCGCUGGGGCUCAACGUGGCAGGAAGAAGGUCGUGCACGUGCUGGAGGGUGAGUCAGGCUCAGUGGUGGUGCAGACAGCUCCUGGGCAGGUGGUAAGCCACCGGGGUGGCACCAUCGUCUUGCCCUGCCGCUACCACUACGAGGCAGCUGCCCACAGUCACGAUGGUGUCCGCCUCAAGUGGACAAAGGUGGUGGACCCGCUGGCCUUCAACGACGUCUUCGUGGCACUGGGCCCCCAGCACCGGGCAUUUGGCAGCUACCGCGGGCGGGCUGAGCUGCAGGGUGAUGGGCCUGGGGAUGCCUCCCUGGUCCUCCGCAAUGUCACACUGCAGGACUACGGGCGCUACGAGUGCGAGGUCACCAACGAGUUGGAAGAUGAUGCUGGCAUGGUCAAGCUGGACCUGGAAGGCGUGGUCUUUCCCUACCACCCCAGUGGAGGCCGCUACAAGCUGACUUUCGCGGAGGCGCAGCGCGCUUGCGCCGAACAAGACGGUAUCCUGGCAUCUGCAGAGCAGCUGCACGCGGCCUGGCGCGACGGCCUGGACUGGUGCAACGCGGGCUGGCUGCGCGACGGCUCUGUGCAGUACCCGGUUAGCCAGCCCCGAGAGCCCUGCGGCGGCCUGGGCGGCGUCAGGCACUCGGGAACCAUUGGAGGCAACAACGGGGGCGUGCGCAACUACGGGUAUCGCCAUAACGCUGAGGAACGCUAUGACGCCUUUUGUUUCACGUCCAACCUCCCUGGCCGCGUGUUCUUCCUGAAGCCGCUGCGGCCUGUGCCCUUCACAGAAGCGACGCGCGCGUGCGCCGCUCGCGGGGCAUCUGUGGCCAAGGUGGGUCAGCUGUUCGCCGCGUGGAAGCUGCAGUUGCUAGACCGCUGCACCGCCGGCUGGUUGGCCGACGGUAGCGCGCGUUACCCCAUAGUGAACCCUCGCGCGCGCUGUGGGGGCCGCCGGCCAGGCGUGCGCAGCCUCGGCUUCCCAGACGCCUCCCGACGUCUCUUUGGUGUCUACUGCUACCGCGCUCCAGGCGCCCAGGAUCCCGCACCUGGUGGCUGGGGCUGGGGCUGGGCCGGUGGUGGCGGGUGGGCAGGAGGCGCUCGAGAUCCUGCUGCCUGGACCCCGCUGCGCGUCUAGUCCAGGAAUAGGCAAAGGGCUGGGACACUUGGCCACAGGUCUAGUGUCCUGCGGUCCCCUGGAAGUUGGUCACAUUCCCUGUGGUCCCUUAGAAAUUAACCACGCCCCUGGGGUUUCUUGAAAUUGGCCAGUCCUAGGGCAGCGCCUGUGGCUCAAUGGAGUAGGGCACCGGCCACCUAUGCCGGAGGUGGCGGGUUCAAAUUCAGCCCCGGCCAAAAACUGCAAAAAAAGAAAGAAAGAAAAAAAGAAAUUGGCCAGUCCUGCAGACUAAUACCCAGGAAUUCCUUGGAGACUGGCCAAACCCCACCUCUUCUGGACAGUGGAUCUUUCUCCUGCCCUAAAUAUCUCCAGAAGAUGGGUCACACAUGCCCCUUGAGGACCUCAGGAAGCUAACAGACUCUGCAGACUCCUGAAAACUGGCUGUGCCUCCCAAGACUAGUUGGAAUCAAAUGAACUGUCCUCAUGGUCUCCUGGAGGCUGGACCCCCAGGAUUGUCUGGAGACUGGCCAUACACUCCAUGCAAACUAGUCCCUUCACUGUCCAGGUUGCCUUGACAGUGAACCUCCCCCUUUCCAUCACCUAGAGAGAAUGCAGAAACCUCUGGGUUCACACCCCUGUGGUCACAUGGCAACUGUGAGCUAAGUCACUUCCACUCCCACAGUGACUUGGGGACUGGCUACUCCCCUUCUACCCUUCUCCUCAAGAGUCCCCUGAAGUUUUCAGGUCACACACAUCCACAGGUCAACUGUGGAGGACUCCCCCAGUUUCAUGGGAGAAUACUCUCAUCUGUCACCUUGAAGAUGGUUUGACAUGCCCCCCAGCUGGCUCACAUGUAGCCAUGCCCUGUCCUGUUCCUCAAGUAUUUUUCUGGAUGAGACAGCAAAUCCAUCCUGCCUCAACAGCCCCUUCUCUGGCUGUCACCAAAGAGACCAUUUGCAGAGGCUAGGAACCCAUGAAAUCCUAUCACUCAUUAUGGAGACCAGUUGUUUCUGGUUCACCACAGUGACCAUCCUGUCAUCUAGAAUCACACUCCUCUUCCCAAAUCAGUCACAUCCAUGGAAAUGGUGCCUCCUUCCUCCAUUUGUAACCAUAGAUACUACUCAAUUUCCAUCUCACCAUCCUCCACCCUGUAGAACUACAACUUCACUUCUGGCUGUCCCUACCCUGACUGACCACCACGGAGAUCACCCUUCCCAUAGCUGUCCACAGGGUGAUCCAACAUUCAGUUCUCCAGCUCUGACCAUGGAAAUAGCUUCUUUCCCAAGGCCCAGUCCAGUUCAAGGCCAUCCUCUAAGCUCCACCCCUUUUGAGGACAGCUUGGAUGCCACAGUGAUUGCCAUGGAGACCAAAUUGUGGUGUCUGAGGUAACAGAAUACCUGUCCUUCCUUUUUUUUUUUUUUUUUGUCUUCAGGGCCCAGCCCCACCAAGCUGUCACCAUAGAGACUGUCAGUGUUGUCCUCAUGACAAUUGACCUCCAAGCUCUCAGGAAUGUCUCAGCAUGGGCCCAGUGCCCUUGUUGUCUCCCACUAGGUUGCCUCCUGCAUCCCAUCUUGGGCUUGAUGGUUGACCAUUCCCCAAAUGGGUUUAGCCCCAAACAGUAAUCCAAGACAGGCUGGACUUCUGGAACUAUGGGCCACCCUCUGUUUGCAUGCCCACUAUAUGCCAGCUGUGCACAAGACACCCUUGCAACACCUGGACAUUUUUGUUGUCACCCUACAGAUGAGGAAACUGAGGCUAUGGCAUGCCCUGCCUAACCCUUUGUGUUGUGCAGCCACCUUGCUCUGAGACCUCAUCCUCAUUCUCAUUGAGUUCCUCUCUCCUUCCCUGACUUCCACCCACAUUUUCCUCCAUCAAGACCUUGAAGAGAUGGAAUGUUUCUUCAACUUCAAAAUUCACCAAGUUCUAGGGGACAGUUUGUUCUAAGAGGUCAGGACCCAGCUAAACUCCUCAAUGUUGACAGCCAGCUUACAGGAGAGGGUCAGUGGACAAGGCCAUCCCAGCCAUGGGUGACUUUAGCUCUGAAGUCCUGCUUGAAGGAGCAUAGAGUCCCUCCUAGACCCCUCUUACUGUCAUAUUUGUUACUAGGAAACCCAUCUCUGAGUUUUGGAACCAUGUGGGUUUGGAUUCAAUACUAUCUCUUUUUGUUCACCAAAUGACCAAACCACUCUGAGCCUGUUUCCUCCUCUGUACCAGGGCUGUUCUGAGAUCCUGUGAGUGCAAAGCAUAUAGCAGGGGCUUAAUAAAUCCUUGUUCCUUUCGAUGAAUGAGAAAAUGAAGACACCAGUGGGUACUUUAUCAAUGCACUUGUGUAGACAGAAUGUUUACCAGCUGAGGUUGCUUGGUUUUGAUUGGGAAGAGACACCCAAUUCUUCAGCGUUCCUCCCCCCCCAAUCUCUCCUCUUCCUUCCUCACUUCCGUUCCCAUUCUCUUAAGCCACCCCAUGGGUCCACUCGCUGUCAAACGACCCACCAUGAUUCCACCCCUUGUCAUUGACAAUACCCCGGGCAUGAAAUGUGGGAAAUUGUAUGCAGAUUUCCUGUACCAGGAAGGCAAUGAAAUUGCAAACUUUCUCUCCUAUAGGUAUGUGGGGGUGGUGGUAGGGGCUGACAAUCACUGUAAGUUACUAAGAUACAAACAAAGCAAGAGGAGAAAACAAUGUGAAGUCCUGAUGUGGUUGUAGGAAUGGGGUUAUGUCACUACUCAUUUUCCAAUACCACAUGGGACAGAGCUUAUUCAAACUCCUGGUCUCAAGCAAUACUCCUGUCUCAGCCUCCCAGAAUGCUGGGAUUACAUGAGCCACUGCACCCACCAGCUUAUUUUAUUAUUAUUAUUAUUAUUUAUUAUUAUUUUUUUUUUUUGUAGAGACAGAGUCUCACUUUAUGGCCCUCGGUAGAGUGCCAUGGCAUCACACAGCUCACAGCAACCUCCAACUCCUGGGCUUAAGCGAUUCUCUUGCCUCAGCCUCCCGAGUAGCUGGGACUACAGGCGCCCGCCACAACGCCCGGCUAUUUUUGGUUGCAGUUUGGCCGGGGCUGGGUUU